AUGACGCAUUACAACCUUAAAACCCCUCAAGACCAUGAUACCUUCUACGACGAAGAAGCUCUCCCCUUCAUCCCUCCAAAAAGCUCUCACAAAUCAUAUUCAUCAAGUGCGACAGUCCGUCUUAUUCUCCCAUGGAUCCUCCUAUUCUUGCUAUUAUCCUAUAAUGCCAUCUCUUUCCUCACCACACAGAAAGUGCAUUUCUGGACAUCCACAGAUUUUGGUACUAGAUUCUCACCUUCCUUCCAAUUCAUAAAGAGUUUAGUUCCAUUCUGACUUUGAGAAACUAAUUUAGUUCAGGCGCAUCCUGCGAUAUCAAAAAAGCUAGUUAAGUUCUCGAGCAGUCUUGAUUACGUGGACGAGUCGACGAUAUUCCGCGUUUUCGAUCCGGAGGAACCUGUUUAUGUGGGGAAUGGGACGGAGGUGGAUGGUAAUUGAAGGAGGUUGAUAAAUCGUAUGUCAAUGUAUGAAGUGUGAGAGCUGUUUGGGAGGUUUGCUGACAGUAUCAGUCGAGAAGAAUGAUGUUAGGAUUGGUGGCGAGGAAGCGAGGUCUAUUGGAGGGAAUCCUGGGGAAGAGGAUGGUACGGAGGAGUAUAUCGUUGAGUAUUGCUACCCAUGUACUGUAAAGUUUGAUUGUGAGAGCAUUUCGCC